UGAGAAAGGCAGAGAGGCUUCACACGUGUGGCAGUUUACAUUUAAACCUUCAAAGUCACAAUCAAUGUCCAUUGCGUGUCACUUGCCUUGGAGGAUUGCCGGUGAUUCAAUCAAUACCCAACUUUUGCUAUAUAAAGUAAGUGAACCUUACCAUUUUUCCAGACAUCACUAGACAUCCUGCGAAAUCGAGUCAAACUACUUAGCUCCAAAGCUUUCUCACACCAGUUCUGUCUUAAAACAAAGACAAAAAAGCCUAAAAAACAGAACUUUGCAUCUGUCUUUGCAAAUUCAAGAGGGUCCACUGAUGCAAGAUACAUCUGAAUCCAUUGUAAGUGGAGAAGAAAGGGUGAAGAAGGAAGAACUACAUUUCAAAGUCGAGACAAAGGAUAUGGAGCCAAACCACGAGAAGGAAGAGAAGAUUGAGGUGGAACUUGAAUUGAAGAUGAAAUCAAUAGAGAAGGAAAAGCCAAAGCUUAAGGAGGACAAGGAGAAACAUAAAGAGAAGGAGAAAGAAAAGAAGACGGAAGAUGAUGAAAAGCAGAAGAAAGAAGAAGGCAAGGACAAAACAAAGGAGAAACAUAAGGAGGACAAAGAUUGUAAGAAUGAUGUAGGGGAAAAACUUGAGGUCCGUGAAGCUGGAGAGACGAAGAAUAAAGAGGAGAAAAAGAAAGAGAAAAAGGAUAAGAAAGAUCAGGAGAAGAAGAAGCUGCAUAAGGAUGAAGAAGAUGAUGAGAAUGAAGAGAAAAAAAAGGAAAAAUACAAGGGAAAAGAGAAGAAGAAAGACAACGAGGCAAAGGAAAAGAAGAAGGAUAAAGAGAACGAUGUUGAAGAAGAUGAAGAUGGAGAAAAAGAAGAGAAAAAGAAAGAGAAGAAAGACAAAGAGGUGAAGGAGAAGAAGGAUAAAGAGAACGAGGUAGAAGACGAUGAAGAAGGAGAAAAAAAAGAGAAGAAGAAAGACAAAGAGGAGAAGGACAAGAAGAAAGAAAAAAAGCUCGAGGAUGAAAAUGAAGAAGGUGAAGAGAAGAAAAAGAAAGACAAGGAUGAGAAGGACAAAAAGAAAGAUAAGGAUGAGAAGGAGAAGAAGAAGAAAGAGAAGAAGCACAAGGAUGAAGUUGAGGAGGGAGAAGUACAUGAAGAGUUAGAUUAUAAGAGGAAGAAGGAGGAGAAAGAAGAGAAGGAGAAGAAGAGAGACAAAGAGGAGAAAGAAGAGAAAAGCCAGAAGAGAGAAAUGGAUGAGAAGGAGAAGAAGAAACAUGAAGAUGGAGCAAAUGACAUGAAGUCUCAGACUGAUAUAACCUCCAGGGAAAUUGAAACAGAACAUAUUGAGAAAGAAUCGGAAGGUGAAAGACAGGAAGAGAAGCAGAUGGGUAAAGCAAAAGAAGGCAAAGAGAUAGAAAUGGAAAAAAACAAAAAAUGUAAGAAGAAAAGAAAACUUGAGGGGAAGGACAAAAGCAAAGAUCUUAGCAAGCUAAACCAGAAAUUAGAGAAAAUUAAUAUCAAAAUAGAUGCCCUACUUGAGAAAAAGGCAGACAUCAUGAGGCAGAUUAAAGAAGCUGAGGACAAGACCACUGGAGUUGCUGUGUUUAGUGGUCAGGCCGAACCCAAAUGGGAAGAGGGGAUCAUAAUGUGGAUCUCCAACAUUCAUCGGCAGCUGAUCAGCAGUCUUGAACCAAGUGAAUGGAAGCUUGCCAGUGAACCCAUAAUCACCAAAUAGUACAUCGGCAACACCUUGACCCUCACUUCCCGGAAGCCAAGCAGCCACAAGAGCAUCCAUGGAGGCAACAUAAGGUUGGAUCACAACAGGACGACCGGAUACU